AUGGAAAAGACAGCAGACGAGCUUUCCGCAUACCUCGUCGGACGGCUCAAGGACACCCCUCCUGAUGGCAGAUUGCUUGUAGGCAUCGCCGGCGUCCCCGCCUCGGGCAAGUCCACCCUCUCCCAGCUCGUCGUCGACCGGGUCAAUGCCCAGACGCGAUCUGCUGUGGAUAACGUGGCCGCGGUACACGAUCCCUCUUCCCAGCCCAUCGCAGUGUACAUUGGUCUGGAUGGCUGGCACCUCUCCCGUGCCCAGCUCGACGCAUUCCCCGAUCCCAAACUAGCCCAUGAUCGCAGAGGCGCGCACUGGACGUUCGACGGAGAGGGCUACGUUACCUUCGUUCGCGCUCUUCGCCAACCACUGGCUCCCUCAGCCACUGUCUACGCCCCAUCCUUCUCCCAUGAAAACAAGGAUCCAGUGUACGAUCACUUACCGGUCCAUCCUCAUCAUCGACUCGUCCUCAUCGAAGGCUUGUAUACCUUCCUCGCCAUCAAACCAUGGUCUGCCGCAUCGGAGAUGCUUGACGAGCGGUGGUGGGUCCAAGUGACGGAGGAGGAGGCAGAGAAUCGACUGGUCACACGGCAUGUCAGAACCGGGGUCGCGAAGGACAUGGACGAGGCUAUAUGGCGGUCAAGAGAGAAUGACGCACCGAACGGUCGGUUCAUACAGGAGAACAUGAUGCAACCCACCAGAGUCAUCCAAAGCAUCAACGAUCCAUCCGUUGCUGUAGCUUAG